AUGUCACCUCGACAGCUCAUACCGACAUUAAUUCCGGAAUGGGCACCAUUAUCCCAGAAAUCGUACAUGAGAGAGGAUGAUUCGGAUAGCCCCCCGAUAACGCCCACAAGCCAGACAUCUUCAUUCGGUUCUUCGCUUUCUCAACAGAAACUCACCUAUAGUACAAUUAUAGGGGAAAACAUGGACACAAUCCUAGAUGAAAUUCGACCAUUUGUAAAAAAAAUAACUGCUAGUGAUCAAAAUAAAAAAACUAUAAACCAAUAUACCCUGGGAGCCUCUGCAGGAAGUGGACAGUUUGGCUAUGUACGAAAGGCGUAUAGUUCUACUUCAGGUGAGGUGGUCGCUGUCAAGAUUAUUCCGAAGAAGCCUUGGAAUGCCCAGCAAUAUUCAGUAAAUCAAGUGAUGAGGCAGAUCCAGCUUUGGAAGAGUAAAGGAAAAAUAACGGCAAAUAUGAGUGGUAAUGAGGCGAUGAGACUCAUGAAUAUUGAAAAAUGUAGGUGGGAAAUCUAUGUGGCUUCAAGACUUCGAGAUAAUGCUCAUAUUGUGCAACUAAUCGAAUGCUUGGAUUCUCCUUUCAGCGAAUCGAUUUGGAUAGUCACCAAGUGGUGUACUCUUGGAGAAUUGCAGUGGAGGCGUGAUCAUAGUGAAGAUGUUUUGCCGCAAUGGAAAAAAAUCAUAACUUCAAAUUGUAGUGUUUCUGAAUUUGCCAAAAAAAUCCUGGAGGAUAUGACAAAAGGAUUGCAAUACUUGUUUUCUCAAGGCUGUAUUCAUCGUGAUAUCAAACCAUCCAAUAUUUUAUUAGAUGAAAAUGAACAAGUUGCGAAACUUUCUGACUUUGGAAGUUGUAUUUUCACUCCACAAUCAUUACCUUUCAACGAUGCUAAUUUCGAAGAUUGUUUCCGAAGAGAGUUAAACAAAAUUGUUGGUACCCCGGCAUUCAUUGCGCCAGAGCUAUGUCAUUUGGGCAAUUCCAAGAGAGAUUUUGUGACGGAUGGCUAUAAGUUGGAUAUUUGGUCACUGGGAGUGACGCUAUAUUGCUUAUUGUACAACGAGCUACCGUUUUCUGGAGAAAAUGAAUUUGAAACUUAUCACAAAAUUAUGGAAGUAUCAUUGAGUUCCAAAAUAAAUGGUAACAUUUUAAAUGACUUGGUCAUCAAACGGCUAUUGGAGAAAGACGUUACCUCACGUAUAGGUAUUCAGGAUUUAAUAAAAGUUUUAUCGUUGGACCAGCCCGAAUACUCUAGGAAUCGUAAUCAGAUUCCAUCCUCCAAUGUGAAACCGGUACGAAACGAAGGUCCUGUAAGAAGAUUUUUUGAUAGAUUACUGACUAAAAAAGGCAAGAAAAAGGUCUCAGAAAAAGUGAAAGACAAGACACUCGUAUCUACAAAUAGUAAAGCAACACCUUCGAUAUAUAUUGACGAGGAACCAGAUAAAGAACGUUUUUCCACUACAGUACUUAGAUCUUCUCCUGACUCGAGUGAUUAUUGUUCGUCGUUAGGGGAGGAAGCGGUCCAGGUUACAGACUUUUUAGAUACCUUCUGUAGGUCAAAUGAAAGCUUGCCUAAUUUGACUGUGAAAAAUGAGAAGCAAAAUGCUGAGAUGAAAACUGAGAGAAGCGAGUCAUCUUCUCAUUCGUCAUUGAAAAUCCCAACGCCUAUCAAAGCCAUGAUAAGACUAAAGAGUUCCCCUAAAGAAAACCGGAACAAAGGCAGUACCAAUUCCUCGCAGGACAAACUGAGCUCCCCAUUAACGGAUAGGACUGGCGGAAAGAGUGCAGUCAAUAAUGCUGGGUCCAGAAGGCUCGCUCAUUCAGGUAAUAUCCUCAACUUCAAAGCAUACAUAAAUUCCGCUGAUAGUGGUACUCGAGAGACAGUAGAAGAUGUAAGAACGUACCUAAACUUUGCAGAUAAUGGCCAAAUAUAG